CCUCAUUUCGACUCCAGAGUGAUUUUCUGAAGACUUUUUCAAUUGUCGAAGGAAGUUUGUGAACGCUCUCUGCAAUAAUGGAUGCUCUAUCCGAAGCUCAACGACGCCGCCAGGCCUCUCGAACGUUUACCCCGCCAGUACCUCCACCAGAUCAACCGCGCUCGAAUACUCCACGAGGCUCUGAAAGAGGGACGCCGGUUCGUGGUGACGUGGAGGAACGGCGUCUGGUAAUCGCAAUCGACUAUGGCACGACAUAUACAGGGGUCGCGAUCGCUACGCCGGCGAGACACCGAGCUUCUUUGGAGGAAGUGGAUAUCAUACAGGAUUGGGGUCAUGGCAUGGACAACCACGAGAAAAUACCUAGCGUUAUAUCAUAUUCGCUUGCGCCUGGAGGAGAACAACAAUGGGGAACAAAUCUCAGUCCAGAAGCGAUUGCGAUGGUUCACACAAAGCUCCAGCUAGACGUUGCUGGCCCAUCCGAAGAGUUGGAGUUGAUACUACAAGCAUUGAAAGGGAUGCACAAGCUGGAUUUCAAAUACAUCAUGGAAGCUAGCGGGGCACCAAAAUAUCCCUGCAAAGGACCUGAGGAUAUUGUGACAGACUACCUGACGAGAGUGUUUGAAAACUUGCUGCAGGCUUUGAAGAAAGAACCAUUCACAAUCACGGAUUCUCUGAGAAGAACGAUGCCUGUUGAUAUUAUUGCCACUGUUCCUGCUAAAUGGGGAUAUAGAGCCAAAGACUCUACCUUCAGAGCUCUUCAAAGAGCUGGAUUCAAUAGCGAUACUUUCCCACGUCUCAGUGAGAUGCUUUUGAUCUCCGAACCUGAGGCCGCUGCUAUAUACACUGCAAGGUAUGAAAAAGAGAAGAAAGGUAUAGAGUUUCUUGGCAAAGACGAAAGUUUCGUCCUCUGCGACGCAGGUGGUGGUACAGUUGACGUGGUAUCGUAUCAAGUGAAGCAGCUGCAACCAACAUUUGAGAUCGAACCAGUCACUCUUCCAACAGGGAAGAAAUGUGGAUCAAUCUUCAUCAACUUGAAAUUCAAAGAGUGGCUCAAAUGGCACCUGGGAGAAGAGUUAUACCAAGAACUUGACCAAGCAGAAGAGUCCGAACAAGAGCAAGGACAACGAACGACAAAGAUCAGCUCUCACGAUUCAGAAGGAAUGCGAAUGCGUGAGCUGAUGAAAAGGUUUGAUAUCCAGAAGAGGAGGUUCAGGAACGACCCUGACAAAGAACCCAUUCUGAUCAACUUACCGGAACCAUUCGAAGAUCUGAAUCUUGACGACAGAGUCUGGGGAGGUCAAGUGACGAUUCCAUAUAAAGUCAUGAAGUCUUUCUUCGAGCCUUCCGCGAAUGAUAUUGUCCAAUUGAUUGACGGUCAACGAGAACAAAUUGAGAAGCGCAGAACUCGUCUUAGGCAUGUGUUCCUCGUGGGUGGUUUUGCGGAGUCCGUCUAUUUGCAGGAGACCAUCAGACGGUCUCUCGAUAUGAGGCGGCUUGACUUAUGUAUCCCUGAAACUUCAUGGACGGCUGUUGUUCGUGGUGCUGCCAUCUUCGGAAUCGAAAAAUCAACGAACAAAACUCUCACAAAAAUGAGUGCCUGCGGUCGAAGCUACGGAAUUAGUCACAAUGCAUCUUUUUCCGAGAUUUCGCAUGAUACCGAUGAUCAUUACAAGGACCCAUUAACUGGUGCUGUGAUGGCCAGAGACCAGCUUGUUUGGCUGAUCAAGAAAGACGAUCUUAUUUUGUCCGACAAACCCAAGAAGGACAGUUUCUCAUUCGAGGUGAACUUCCCAAAGGUUGGCUCUCGGGCACGUAGCCUUCCCAUAUACACAUAUGGUGGACCUAGAGAUCACCUCCCUGAUCGAUUGAGCAAUGCGGAAAAUGAACUCAGCGUAUUCCACACCAUCGAUUACGACCUCAAGGACAUUCCUUUGCAAGACUUCACAGCCUCUAAGUCUGGUCUUCUCAGUCGUACUUUCUACGUUGCGCCAAUGAAACUUUCCAUCACUUUAACGCCGCAAAUGGUCCACUUGGAGCUGCACAUGAACGAGAAAAGUGUUUAUAGCAAGCGGGUAAUGCUGGAUGCGCAAGCAGAAGCUUGAACUUCGUACUAAGAUCUUGGGUGGUGGCGGACUUCCUAUUGAUUCACUUUGAUAUUCUACGAUCCAGCAUCUUCUAUCAUAACAGAAGACAGAUAUUUCAUUUCGAGCUUUGUCAAAUGCAUACGCGUAUAUCCAUUUCUUUUCAAUCUGAUCAACAAGCUAGCUAGAUUUAUACUGAAUAAUCUUAAGAUAC